UCCCUGAAGACGAUUAUCAAAGGUUCAAAGUUCACCUGAUAUGGCUUCCCUUUACGCCAACAUAGUUUUCGUGUUUCUCUUCAUAUUCCUUUGCUUUACCAGACAUGGCGAAGCAGCACCAACAUACACAUCUCAUUUCUGUGAUAAUGCUACUUCCUUCAAGCCCAACAGCACCUACCAAGCCAAUAUGAAAGCCCUUUUAUCCUCUCUUUCUUCACAUACCAACAGCAGUAAAAAUGGAUUUUACAAUACAACAGCAGGCCGAGACCCCAACUUGGUCUACGGUACCUUUCUUUGCCGUGGCGACGUAUCGGCUGACCUUUGUCGAAAAUGCAUCGCAAUGGCCAGCAACGAUAUAGCUCGACGGUGUGUUACGGAAAAAGUGGGUGUCAUUUGGUACGAUGAGUGUACUGUGCGGUACUCUGAUCAAAACAUUUUUUCCAUCAUCCGUGAAGUACCCGGGAUGGAUAUUAGCAGUUCCAAAAGCAUCCAGGGCGACAAAGAUGGUUUUAAUCAGUUGUUAUCGAGCCUAAUGAAGAGCUUGAUGAACCGUGUGGCGUAUGAUGACCAGUCGGGGAAAAAGUUCGCAACCGGUGAAGCGAAUUUUACCGGAUUCCAAACACUGUACAGCUUAGUGCAGUGCACUCCGGACUUAGCUAAUGCACUUUGCUUUCGGUGCUUACAAAGUGCCAUUGCUUCUAUUCCGAUGUGCUGUGAUGGGAGACAAGGUGGAACAGUUUUGCUUCCGAGCUGUAAUAUCAGAUUCGAUAUGUCUCCCUUCUUCCGCCGUAACAGCUCGGCCGCUUUAUUGCUUCCUCCACCUUCCUCGCCGAACUCUACUAAACAAGGGGGGAGAAAGAAGUCUUUGCCGAUUAUCGUCGCGAUUGUUGGUCCGGUAGUUACGUCUUCGGUGCUAUUGGCGUUAGGCCUACUUGUGCUGAGAAAGAAGGCAAGAAAGAAAUACAAUGCAGUACCUGAAGAAAAUGUUGUCGAGGAUGUCGAAGGUUUAGAAUCCUUGCAAUUUGAUCUAAGCACAAUCGAAGCUGCAGUAAACAAUUUCUCUUCCGAUAACAAAAUCGGUGAAGGCGGAUUCGGUGAGGUCUACAAGGGGAAACUAUGUAAUGGACGAGAAAUAGCAGUGAAGAGGUUAUCUAAGAGCUCUAAUCAAGGAACAAAAGAAUUCAAGAAUGAAUUGGCCCUGUUAAGUAAGCUUCAACACAGGAAUCUUGUUAGACUGCUGGGGUUUUGCUUGGAUGGAGAAGAAAAGUUACUGGUUUAUGAAUUUGUACCGAACAAAAGCCUCGAUUAUUUUCUAUUUGACCCUGAAAGACGAGGAAAUUUGGACUGGUCAGGACGUUACAAAAUUAUUCAAGGAAUCUGUAGAGGGCUUCUUUAUCUUCAUGAAGAUUCUCAGCUCCGGAUCAUCCAUCGAGAUCUUAAAACCAGCAACAUUUUGCUGGAUGAGGAUAUGAAUGCCAAGAUUUCAGAUUUUGGCAUGGCAAGGAUUUUUGGUGUGGAUCAAACUGAAACAAACACAAGAAGAAUUGUUGGGACAUAUGGUUAUAUGGCACCAGAAUAUGCAAUGCAGGGACACUUUUCAAUGAAAUCUGAUGUUUUUAGCUUUGGGGUCUUAAUACUAGAGAUUAUAAGUGGCAAAACGAAUAGUUCCUUUUAUGAUUCAGAGGGUGCUGAAGACCUCAUAAGCUACUGUUGGAAUCACUGGAGGACUGGAGCUCCAUUGGAAAUGAUGGAUCCCAAUCUAAGAACAAACUAUUCAAGAAAUGAAGUGGCUAGAUGUAUCCAUGUAGGCUUAUUGUGUGUUCAAGAAGAUCCGAGUAAAAGGCCGAUGAUGACAACCGUCAUUCUCAUGCUCGACAGCUACUCGGUUUCGUUGCCGCAACCUCAGAAACCGGCAUCCUUCCUUUGCACAAGAAAUGAGUUGAGUCCUCAAGAAGCAAUGGGGCUUGGAGAACUGUCUAACAAUGAAGUGUCGAUAACUGAAUUAGAGCCUCGAUGAACUCGAAUCCCCUUCCU